AUGUCUGUAUCUUCCUGGACAUUUGAAGCCUCUUCGGGUGCUAGGAUUCCUGGUGGGGGAAGAACCAGGUGUGAAGCAGAUGCUCCAAAUUGUUGUUACAGCCUGGGUGGUGCAAAGAAGGUGACCAUUUCUGCCCCAAGUAAGGAUGCCCCUAUGUUUGUUGUGGGUGUUAAUGAGAAGGAAUACAAGCUCGAUCUUGACAUCGUCUCCAAUGCUAGCUGCACUACAAACUGUCUUGCUCCCCUCGCCAAGGUUAUUCAUGAUAGGUUUGGCAUUGUUGAGGGUCUUAUGACUACUGUUCACUCCAUCACUGCCACUCAGAAGACUGUUGAUGGGCCAUCAAGCAAGGAUUGGAGGGGUGGAAGAGCUGCUUCCUUCAAUAUCAUUCCCAGCAGCACUGGUGCUGCAAAGGCAGUCGGAAAAGUUCUGCCAGCACUGAAUGGCAAGUUGACUGGAAUGGCUUUCCGAGUUCCGACAGUGGAUGUUUCAGUGGUGGAUCUCACUGUGAGGCUUGAGAAAGGAGCUUCUUACCAGCAAAUCAAAGAUGCGAUCAAGUGAGU